AUACUGGUAAUACAAAUCAGUUUUGAAAAGGGUUGGUUUCAGCGACAUUGCCACUGCAGAUUCAUGAUCACUCAACAGAUGGAGGGCAUGGCCGAGAGAGAAAAUAAUUCAUUGUUCACCGUGUUAGCACCGCUAGACGUCCCCGUUCAAGGUUCACUGAGUUCAAUUCAGCGGAUAUUUACCGAACCAGGCGAGAUAUUUGGCACCGAGCGAUUCAAAUACCAGUAUUACUAAUUACAAUCUGCUCAGCGCCAGCGGAAUCCCAAGAUCUUUGUGGACAAUUUGGUCGGAAAAAAACGUCUUGCACUGCAUGAGUUUUAAACAUGAAUAUCUUCAUUUUACUUGCCAAAACUUUCUGGACGAUCCUCGAGGCCUUCGUGUUGAAGUUCGUCCCGGUGAAGAGGAAGAGUGUGCGGGGAGAGGUGGUGUUGGUGACCGGGGCGGCUCACGGGGUCGGGCGGUGCCUGGCGCUGGAGUUCGGCCGGCUGGGCGCAACCGUGGUGCUGUGGGACAUCAAUCGGGACGGGAACGAAGCUACUGCCGAACAGAUCCGUGAGGACGGCGGCACGGCGCGGGCCUACCGGGUAGACUGUAGCAAAAGGGAGGAAAUACAGGGGGUGGCCCAACAGGUGAAAGAAGAGGUAGGUGAUGUGACCGUUCUGUUCAACAAUGCUGGCGUGAUGACCACAGGCUCCGUACUGGACCUAACAGAUGACCAGAUUGAGAGAACCUUCCAAGUCAACGUCCUUGCACAUUUCUGGACCAUACGUGCCUUCCUACCAAGUAUGAUGACCAAGAACCAUGGCCACAUUGCCGCACUGGCCUCUAUAGCGGGCUACAGCGGAAGUCCAUACAUGGUUGACUACACCUCAUCAAAGCAUGCUGUGGUGGGGCUGAUGGACACCUUGCAGAAAGAGUUGGAACUGCAGGGGAAGGAUGGAAUUAAAACAACCACCGUCUGUCCCUUCUUCAUCGACACAGGAUUCUGUCCCAACCCUAAAAUUGGAAGUACCAGAGGUGGGAUGCGCGUUCUUUCACCAGAGGAAGUUGCCUUGGAGGCAGUCGAUGCCGUUCUCAAGAACAAAAGACGUCUCAUCUUGCCACCGGAGCUGAGAUCCGUUCCUCUCACUAGCCAACUGCUGCCGUACAAGACACAGACAUUGCUGCAGCACUCAGCUGACAUAAGCUUUGAUCUGAUGCAGUCAGGACAACAUAACAAGAGUGACUAAUAUCAUCACCCGCCCCAGCCCGCAAAGGGCCCGUCUAUGUUAAACUCUACUAUUCUAUUGUAGUUUUCUGAUGACUAAUGAGAAAGAGUAUUGUGAAUGGAAUGCUGAUUUCUUUCUUUCUGUUGUCUUAGCCUGGUAUUAUAAUCAGUAACAUACGUUAUGUGUAUAACUACACAAUAUAUAUUUACACAUUUUGUUAAAAAAAAGCCUACCAUGGCAUGUAGAAACGGUUUAACCAGAUUGAGAAGAAAAUAUAUAAUACAUCUAUUACUUGCUGCUUAUUCCCUGGUUGAGUAUUUUCAUGGCAUUUUCUGUGCUGUGUCUAAUAUGACUACUAUUUGUGUUUAUGUAGUACGAAAUGUAUUGAAAUCACAAGCCCUUCAUUCAACAUCGUGAGUACUAGGUCAAUGCAAUGUACAUUCAAUUUAAAUUCAGACUGUUUGUAAUUUGAUUGGAAGAAGUAAAGAUACAUUGCAAUUAAAGGCGUGAAAUCCAUUAGUCUUCAA